AUGUCUUAUCCGAUUGAAAAGGCAGCCCCUACCGCUGAUCCUCCACCAGAGACGUCGGAUGUCGAACGAUCUAAGUCAAAAGAGGGCUCAGAACAACCUGCACAGCCCACGGCAGAGCGGCAAAAAUGGUAUCAAUGGUUUGCGCCAACAGAUACUCCAGCGGAGCGCCGUUUGAUCCUCAAAUUGGACGGCUUGAUCAUCGUCUUCCUAUUUCUGGCCCAUUGGGCGAAGGUGCUGGAUUCGUCGGCGACGAGUACUGCCUAUGUGAGCGGUAUGAAAGAGGAUCUGAAGUUGUAUGGGAAUCAACUUAAUUAUCUAAACACGGUGUACAUGGUUGGAUUCAUCACGAUGCAGAUUCCUCUGACAUUGUUGAUGACCCGCUGUCCGGUGAACUAUUUCCUCCCGGCGGCAGAUUUAUUCUGGGGCGUGUUUACACUGGCUCAGUACAAGGCCAGCAGCGUCACCCAGCUUUACGCGCUUCGUUUCUUCGUCGGAGCCCUUGGGGGUUUCUUUUUCCCUGCUGUGCAAUGGUAUCUGGGCUGUUGGUAUAAGAGAUCGGAGCUGGCCCGUCGUGGAGCUAUCUUUUUCAUCGCUAGCCAGGUGGGCAGUAUGAGCUCGGGGUAUAUCCAAGCCGGUGCCUAUGCACGGCUGGAUGGCCGGUAUGGCAUCGAAGGGUGGAGAUGGCUAUACAUCAUCUGCUUUGCUUGUACUAUUCCCAUUGCCUUUAUCGGUCUAUGUCUACUUCCUAGUACCCCAGACCGAUGCAACUCCCGCUACCUCACCCAGGAUGAGAUUCGUUUAGCACAGGAACGCAUGGCCGCCGAACACCGCGAGCCACGUCAACCAUUUACUAUCCCUCGAAUUGUCACCAUCCUGAAAGGGUGGCGUAUUUGGGUCCUUGUCGGCUUUGCCUUCUUUUUCUCCCAAGCGGACGGAGUCUCCUCCAAUAGUGGCCUGUCCCUCUGGCUCAAAGAAGAGAAGUACUCCGUCGAAUCCAUCAACACCAUCACCACCGUGUCGCCAGCCGUCACUAUCGUCGCCUCGAUUGUGUGCGGCGUGAUCUCUGAUAUCUACGAUGCCAAAGUCUCAUUGAUCGCGAUCACUGCGCUGCUAAACAUCUUUGCCUGUCUGGUGCUUGCGAUCUGGAACGUUCCGGUCGGGCUGAAAUUCUUCGCAUUCUUUCUGUCCGGCACGGCGGACGGUAUUGCGGCCAUCAUCUAUGCCUGGGCGAACGAGAUUUGUGCACGCAGUGCGGAGGAACGGGCCUUGGUGAUUAGUGCCAUGAACACUAUUGGGAAUACCUUUGGCGCGUGGAUUCCACUUUUUGUCUGGAAGACGGUUGAUGCGCCCAGGUAUUUGAUUGGAUAUAGUUGGAAUUUAGCGCUGGAUGUCUGCAUGUUGAUUAUGCUGUUCGUGCUACGGUAUUUCUGGGUGAGGGAGAAAAGGAUGGAUAGGGCAUGA